AAUUUCUCUUCAAACAAUACUAGAACUAAAGCUAACCGGCUUGGUUUGAUGUAUUAGUUUUGAAAGAAUUUUCGAAUGUUUCCACUAAGAAGUUCAUAAAAUUGAAUACUGACGAAGUUAACCUACUUCUUAAGGAUUCAAGAGUUAAGUUCUAAAUGGGCAUACAUAAAAUGUUGUAUGGAUAGUUAGAAUAUAUACAGUAUGAGUAGAAGAUUAAAGUUCUAGAAUUUUUAAGACUCUUCUAUUUUAUUGGAUGAGUUAUUCAAAAAAGAGUAGAUAAAACGUAAUUAUUAUAAAAAUUGUAGACUAUACAAAAUGGUAUAAUAUGAAUGGAAUAGUUACAAUUGACCUCCGCAACCCCUGAAAAAUUCAAAGAUGUGAUUUUGCCUUACUUUUAAUCAUAUUUCUUAAUUGAUUAAUUGGAUUCAGAGCAGCUCUAUAUUUGAAAAUUGCAACCUACACUUGGUAAACCUGAUACAACAAUGGAAUAAUAAUUAUUUUAAAAGUCAAGAACUUAACUAAAGUCAUUGACAGAUUUAUGAAUUUUUUAUGAUGU